CGACCUCGGUUUCACCACCUGCCCUUGGCUAAAGGGGAAGAGGAGGGACAUCCGCCCGGUGGGAGACGCUUCCGGAAGUGACGUAGGAGUGUCAACAUGCAAGAUGGCGGCCCAUCACCGGCAGAACACGGCAGGGCGGAGGAAAGUGCAGGUUUCCUAUGUUAUUCGAGAUGAAGUGGAGAAGUACAAUCGAAAUGGAGUCAAUGCCCUGCAACUGGAUCCAGCACUGAACAGACUUUUCACGGCCGGUCGAGACUCAAUCAUAAGAAUAUGGAGUGUCAAUCAGCACAAGCAAGAUCCAUAUAUAGCAUCUAUGGAACACCAUACUGAUUGGGUAAACGACAUUGUACUUUGUUGUAAUGGGAAAACAUUAAUAUCUGCUUCUUCUGACACGACAGUGAAAGUGUGGAAUGCACAUAAGGGAUUUUGCAUGUCAACACUAAGGACACAUAAGGAUUAUGUCAAGGCCUUAGCAUAUGCUAAGGAUAAAGAACUGGUAGCUUCGGCUGGAUUGGACAGACAAAUAUUCCUUUGGGACGUGAAUACUUUAACAGCAUUGACUGCCUCAAAUAACACUGUCACAACUUCUUCUUUAAGUGGGAACAAAGAUUCCAUUUAUAGCCUGGCAAUGAAUCAACUGGGAACAAUCAUUGUAUCAGGGUCUACUGAGAAGGUUUUAAGGGUAUGGGAUCCAAGAACAUGUGCAAAACUAAUGAAGCUGAAAGGACACACAGACAAUGUCAAAGCACUGCUGUUGAACAGAGAUGGUACACAGUGCCUUUCCGGCAGUUCUGAUGGGACAAUUCGCCUUUGGUCCCUUGGCCAGCAGAGAUGUAUAGCAACAUACCGAGUCCAUGAUGAAGGUGUCUGGGCUCUGCAAGUCAAUGACGCCUUCACGCACGUGUAUUCUGGAGGAAGGGACAGGAAGAUUUAUUGUACAGACCUUAGAAACCCUGACAUUCGGGUACUAAUUUGUGAAGAAAAAGCACCAGUUCUCAAGAUGGAGCUUGAUAGAUCAGCUGAUCCCCCUCCUGCAAUUUGGGUUGCCACGACUAAGUCUACAGUAAAUAAAUGGACCUUGAAGGGAAUUCAUAAUUUUAGAGCCUCUGGAGAUUAUGACAAUGACUGUACAAAUCCUAUAACACCACUUUGUACGCAGCCUGACCAGGUUAUUAAAGGGGGUGCGAGUAUUAUUCAGUGCCACAUUCUUAAUGAUAAGAGACAUAUAUUAACCAAAGAUACCAAUAAUAAUGUGGCAUAUUGGGAUGUAUUGAAGGCUUGUAAAGUUGAAGAUUUGGGCAAAGUGGAUUUUGAAGAUGAAAUUAAGAAAAGAUUUAAGAUGGUAUAUGUGCCAAAUUGGUUCUCAGUAGACUUAAAAACAGGGAUGUUGACUAUUACUUUGGAUGAGAGUGAUUGUUUUGCUGCUUGGGUUUCUGCAAAAGAUGCUGGCUUCAGCAGCCCUGAUGGGUCAGAUCCAAAAUUGAACUUAGGAGGACUUUUACUCCAGGCACUCCUAGAAUAUUGGCCUAGAACACAUGUGAAUCCAAUGGAUGAAGAAGAAAAUGAAGUAAACCAUGUAAAUGGGGAGCAGGAGAACCGGGUACAGAAGGGAAAUGGAUAUUUUCAAGUGCCCCCCCAUACCCCGGUGAUCUUUGGUGAAGCUGGAGGACGCACACUGUUCAGGCUGCUCUGCCGAGACUCCGGGGGUGAGACUGAGUCGAUGCUUCUUAAUGAGACGGUGCCACAAUGGGUAAUUGACAUCACUGUGGAUAAAAAUAUGCCCAAAUUCAACAAAAUUCCUUUCUACCUCCAACCUCAUGCAUCUUCAGGAGCAAAAACUCUAAAAAAAGAUAGACUCUCUGCUAGUGACAUGCUCCAAGUCCGGAAAGUAAUGGAACAUGUUUAUGAAAAAAUCAUCAACUUGGAUAACGAGUCACAAACCACCAGCUCUUCUAAUAAUGAAAAACCAGGCGAACAGGAAAAAGAAGAGGAUAUUGCUGUGUUGGCAGAAGAGAAAAUUGAACUUUUGUGCCAGGACCAGGUUUUGGAUCCAAACAUGGACCUCCGAACAGUGAAGCACUUCAUAUGGAAGAGUGGUGGCGACCUCACCCUCCAUUACCGACAGAAAUCCACGUGAAGUGUGGGCGAGUGCUCCUGGGUAUUCGUUUAUUGACCUUCCUCUCUGGCCCCAAGAGUAGUCCUAGGAAGCCCACCGAGCCCCAAUGGGAGCAAGACUUCUAAUGGCUGAUUUGGUAUGGACCGAGAUUCUCUUUCAGUUGAAGUGACUAAUUGAGAUGUAAAAUAGAAACCAGUCUCCAUGUGUAGAUUAAGCUGUCCCCAGGGAGGCAGAGAGUGCGAGCAGAAGACCCCCCCCCCCCCCCAAGGCGGACAUGUCUUGUGAGAUAUACAGAGAACAGACGACAGGCCAGCACAGACUGGGUUUCUUCCUUUUCUUUCAAAGGACCUUAUCUUUGUUAGCACUUGUUAGAGACACAUAGGUAGAGCCACAUCUGUCACUGUGUUUUGACUUCAAACCCACACGCUCUGGAGCUUUUCUAAACGAGUACAUUCCAUUCAUGCAGCACCUAUGAAGGCUUUUUCCAAGUCGGCCAUGAAAAACAGACAAGUUGUUCUCACAUUUAAGACAGUUAUUUUUAAUAGGAAUAUGCUAUUGUACAAUUCAAAACCCAGCCCAUUUCGUAAUAAAUUAUCCUUGUUGGGCUUGUUUUAAUAUUGCAUCUCAGAUGCAUUCUUUUAGGAAAACGUGUAGAAAUUCUGGGAGCCGGACCGUAGCACUUGGACCGCCAGAUGGGAGUAUGCCCAGCAGCACCCAGGGAUGCUGCACCCCCCAGUGCUCCCAGCUGUGUGGCCACCACAGGCAGGUGCAGUGCUUUCCCUGCUCCACUGUGUCCUGGUUUGUGUAUGGGCCAAGCCAGGUGACACCACAGCUUUUGCUCUGGGUGAGCAGUGUGACACCAUCAAAACUCAAGACCAUGAGGACAUGCAAGCUUCAUUCAAAUGCUACCUAAAAUGUAUGGUGUCCGAGAACAAGCAUAUCCUAGUGGGUUAAUUUGAUAUUCACAUCCAGAAAUAUACAUAUUUCUUUCUCCAGAGUUUUAUAUGCAGGUUUUUGCCGUGGUACCUGUAUCCAGAGUUCUUUUCAUUGUUCUUUGUAACAAUCUAAAGCUUUCAUAGAAUCAUUUGAGUCUUGUACAGAAUAUAACUUAUUGGGGAUAAACACUUCAACUUUUGGCAGAAAAAAAAAUACUUUGGGUUCUCCCCAAGGUCAUUUGUAUUCAGAACAGAACAGUGGUCCAGCCCCAUAAAACCAUGUAAGACAAGCCUCCUGUAUGAAGCCAGAAGCACAAGUGCCUUCAGAGGGCAGUUUAUUCCAGUCCAGUUGCCUCUCCAGCUUAGUGUGUGUGGUCGGUCUCCACACAGCAGGGACUGGGGAAGGGGGUGGGAGGAAGGUGUUGUCUUUUCUACAUCUUCACAGGUUCAGCUGGAGGCAGCUGAUGGGCCUGGGUCCAGACUUACUGAGAUAUUCUUACCCGCACAACCAUAGAGACAGGGUUCCCUCACUGCUGGUCAGCCUCCUUUGGAAAGUGGACUGGUCACUUUGAAGAAGUGAGCAAAGACACGCCACGUUUCCAAUGAGUCUUUCUCCCUUAGAGAGUAGCCGGCUUCUUUUUUAUCAAUUCUUUCUAUCUGUUGAAUACAACAGUGUGCUUUUGGUGCACAUUUUUUAGCAAUAGUUAUGAAUUAAUGGUAAAACAAACCCCCAACUCACUUAUCAGCCCUCCACUGGGUUUGCAGGAGGGGCCCUUGGACUAACAGAAUGGGUUUUGCUGGGCCAUUUCGUCCCGUUUGCCGAGCCGUGAGGGGCAUCUAUGCUCCCUUCCUGUCACAGAUCUGACCCUCAGCAUGCUUUUACUUUUUUUUUUCCUUCCAGUCAAACCAGUAAGUUUCCAGAGAAUUUGAGUCUGCAAUGCCAAAAGGGUAAAAAUCUGUAUUUCACAGUUGUAUAAAAUAAAGGCUUUAGUUACAAUA